UGACCACACCCACCACCGGAAACCAAAAUCAACCAACUUAAAUUGAUAUCCCGACCUAGUAGCUUAUUCGAUUUUAGACGCUUUUUUUGGGUUAUUUUACUCUGUGCGAUACUGCCUGGUUAAGAGAUUUAAUGGGCAGAUUUUACGUGGAGUCGUAGCCAUUUUGGAUCACUUCACAUUCCGAUUUUGGAUAGGAGUAAAAUAUUUUUUGACAACAAUUUUGUACAAUUCGUAGAAAUGCAGUAAAAAUUGACAAAAUUCGAAAUUAUGAUUGGCAAUUAAAACUAGGAAUGGGUGAAUGUUUGGAGAAGUUGGAAUCGUCUUAAUUGGAAAAGCAAACAUUUAUUCUGGUAGGUUCGGUGAGGUUCUUACAUAAGUGGAUGACGUAAUUCAUUUUCUGAUAACCAUUCCAGAUACCAGAGAAAUGUAAAAAAUAUAUCCAUAUUUAUUGUGUACGAUCUGCUAUGUAAAGAAAUACACGUUUAUUGCAGUUGGUAGUUAAAUAACUGAAAAUGGCGACAUCUUUAAGACACAACGCUUGCACAAACCUCAGGGAUCUAGUCUACGAGAGCUGCAUUGGUCAUGGCUCAUUCGGACCUGUCCUUAAAGCUAUCGAUCCAUCGAAAAAGAAUUUUGUAAGUGCUGCAAAGUUUAUUUUCCUACCAGCAAGCUGUGCGGAAGAUGACCGUAAAUUUGAUGGAACUGUAAGAGGAGAAAUUAAAAGGCUGUUCUGCCUACGACGUCACCGAAACGUGGUUCAGGUCCUACAGGUGCAUGCAGAUAGAUUUGGAUUAUCAGUUUUGGAUAGAAUACUCCCAGACUCAAUUUUGCAUCAAGAGCAGAUUAUAAAAGACAAAUAUACUUCGAUGAUAAGGUGUGAGACGGAACAACAAAUACGCGUGAUUUUUAUUCAGAUGGAACUUUGCGGAGAAAACUUAAGAUCCUGGUUAAAUGAAGAACAUGACAUUCGCAACCAAGAUGUCCAGCACACUCAACUUGUGAUUAUACAAAAUCUGGUAUCCGGUUUAAAACACUUGCAUGAGAAUAAAAUUCUACACCGAGACCUUAAGCCGGAAAAUGUGAUGUUUUCCAAGCAAGGCUUCAUCCUCCCGGUUAGAAUUGGAGACUAUGGCCCGACUAGGAUCCUAAAAUCUAUGAAUUGGAAGACAGGUCGUCAUACAAGUCGAGUUGGCACGUCAGAACAUAUGGCGCCAGAGUCUAAUAUCAAGCCGGCCCAAUGCCAUGAUCUAUAUUCUCUGGGAUUGGUCAUCUGGGAAGUUGCUCAAUUAAUCAGAUUCAAUGAGAGGACCGAUAUGUUUUCUGGGUUGGUAAACGGAAAGAAGGAGACUUUAGUCAGGGAACAUCCUACCAUUGAAGGAGCGCGACCUCUUAUCAUAGCCCUGACAAAAAAAGAAGUUACCGAAAGAUUACAAAAUAUUCGACAUGUUUUUAGUAUCACGUACAGCUGGAAAUUUGCCCAUUUUUCAAAGUGCAUUACAGAUUUUGAACUAGAGACAUGGCAGGGAGACGCACUACUUGCAUCGGGAUUUCACCGGCUGCUGAACGUAGCAAGGAAGUACGUCGUCAAAAACGCUUGGGAGUUAAGAGAUUGCUUGAAAAAUGUCACUACUGAUUGCACCAUCACAUUGAAAACGGGCGAGUACCAAGGGGACUUUACAUUAAGGGGUGACAAUAUCACAAUCACUGGAGAAGAAGAUGAGGCAGGAGAUUGUCCAUGUAUAGCAUUUAAGGGUCGACUGCUAGUUAUUGGUAGCGAUAAUAAUAUUUGCAUGUUAGACGGAAAUCAAAUAUCUGAUAUAUCGAUAGAUGGCGAUCGGAACCAUAUUAACUAUGUGCGCAUUUUGAACAAUAAUGCAAAUUUCCGAAUGUAUAUAAAGGGCAACACAAACGUUAUAGAAAAUAUUGAAGUUGAAAGUUGUAAUAAUUUCUUAUUGGAAAUUGAAGGGUAUCAGAAUAUUUUUGAUGGAUUCUUCAUUGAUUCAGGUGUACUAGCUAGUAUAAUAAUGUUUAAAAAGUCAGAAAAAAAUAUAUUAUCAAACAUUAACAUCCUAGAUUCAGGGUAUUCAAUUGUUUGUCAGGGCCAAAAUAAUAGAUUUUUGAACGUAACUGUUGAACUCGACACAAUUAAGCCAGCCUCAUUUAUUCUAAGUUCGCCAUACAAUAUAAUUGAUAAUUUUAACUGCUUACCUAAGGAACGAGGAAAAAUUGAAGUGGGGUCCGAUAAUUCGAGUGUGUUGCAUUCCUCGUGCGAGAAUAUUAUGGUGAAUGGAAAAAAUGUAAAUUUGACAGAUGUAGAUGCGAAUGCGUUACAGUUAGGAAAGAUGCUUCAAACGUCAGUCUAUUCAGAAGUAGAGCUGGACUGCUGAAAAUGCAUUCAAACGCAGGGUACGACGACCAAUGCAGUUUUUCUCGCGUCUAUAAUACACCGAAUCCUGAGAUAUAUACUACGCCUUCGUCCAGUCUGGGCGCUGAUACGUUGAAGCCUGGUAAGCCAGAUACGGAGAAGUUAGAGUCUGCUAUGUCGCGCGCCCAUUUAGAAGGAAAGUAUGAAAAAAAGAUAGAGGAGAUUGCACCCGCUUCAGGAGCAAUGACGAACCAAAUUUAUCCUAUGCUAACAGUUAGGAAACCACUGAAGGCGGACGAUGAUGCAUCUUCCAAGACACGAAUAUUGCAAAAGGACAAAUUUGCUGCAAAAAAUUUACCAUCUCUUCCACUUGAAGAUAAAAUGCACGUCACAGAUGAGGAGGACUCCAAGCUCUGCUCGAUUUGCAUGGAGGAUCGGAUAAAUAUGGCGUUCCAGUGUGGGCAUACCUGCUGUGCGAAAUGUUCCGGGGGAUUGAAAAAUUGUCAUUUUUGCAGGGAAGUGAUUACGCAUAGGAUAAAAAUCUUUAUAUAGGAUAAAUUCCUUCCUUAAAUUAGAUCCAACUUAUUCGCUUAAUUAUGUGCGAUAUAUCUACACACAAUUUUACAUUAUAUGUAGAUAAUAUAUUGAUACUAGGCGAUUUAAUGGUGCCCGUGGCACCCCGUUAAUUUCUACUAUGAAAUUUCAUCGUAUAAAUCAAAGACGUUAAAUCAAACCCAUCAAAUUGUGCGUCAAUAACAAAAACUGAAGUUUAACACUAAAACCGUCAAGAGUAAGAUACACUUACAUAUCUUUAUACAUUAGAACCAAGAACUAACAGACAAUGAAUCACUUAAAGAUUUCUCUGAAUACAACAUUUCUGGUAAACUGACGAUUAUCACGAAUCAGAUUUCCUUGUUGUGCAUUUCUAUGAAUAAAAACUUUCACUUGAUUGUGAUUCCUACUUCUUGAUAGGGCAACCUGUCCAUGUGAGUGCGGUCAAUCUCGGCCUACGAUCUGGCGAGUGUUUAGCAGUUUAGCAGACACAGGCGACAUGUUUUGAAGGCGGCCCUGACACGCGGACGCAGACGCGGACCCAUAUGGUCCGCGUCUGCGUCCGCCUCAUAGGGCAGCCUCAAUUGUCUAGCGAGUGUGUAGCAAACACAAGCCACAUGUUUUGAAGGCAGCCCUGACACGCGGAUGCAGACGCGGACCAUAUGGGUCCGCGUCUGCGUUCGCCUCAUAGGGCAGCCUCAAUUGUCUAGCGAGUGUGUAGAAAACACAGGCCACAUGUUUUGAAGGCGGCCCUGACACGCGGAUGCAGACGCGGACCAUAUGGGUCCGCGUCUGCGUCCGCCUCAUAGGGCAGCCUCAAUUGUCUAGCGAGUGUGUAGCAAACACAGGCCACAUGUUUUGAAGGCGGCCCUGACACGCCUCAUAGGGCAGCCACAGCCUAGCGAGUCGUGCAUACACCAGCCAGAUAUGGGGGACGUAGUAUAUGAGUAUCCCAUUUUGCUAUCCCAGCAAUGUAAAAUAGAACAUGGCAGGGAUUAGCGUUCCGGACAGACCAAGCUGGGUAAAUAUAUAAGUUAAUAGUUAUAUAUAGUAAUUAUAUAAAUGAUUUAAGAUAAGAUAGAGGAUGAUAAUUGUAUGCUGUAGCCGGCCAGGUGACGAUAUAAUUAGUAUGUAUGUAUGUAAAAAAAGCGUGUUAUUAUACAUAACAUUUAUGACAUUAACUAUAUUUUAAAAACCACAAUUUUGAAAAUUUCCGAGAGGCAAAAUCAUAAUUUCUGAGCUAAUAUAUUGCACGAAAAUUUAGAUUUAGAUGCCGCGGAACAUAUGUUAGUCUGGGGAUAAUUCGCUCUAGAAAUUUCGUAACCUACAAUUAAGGCUGUGACUCCCCCUCAUCAGCCCCCUCUGUAAAUACCUGUAAAUUCUAAAAUGCAAAAAAUAAUAAUUAGUCGAAUUGUUAGAAUCACUACCCUAGCAGCACAAACCCGUGAAAUACCCGUGAAAAACACGAAUCAUCCACCCCGAGAUCUCGUGAUUAACACGUGUAGAAUUGGUGUAAAAGCCGGUUUAUUUUGGGGGUCUUUGUCGCCGUUUUGGUGGGUUAAACUGGGGGUAUAAAUCGUGUUAUACACGUGUCGCAGGCAAAGAAAACUCGUGUAUAACUCGUGUUAAUCACGUUUAAAUCUCGUGUAUAAAUUCCAUAAACACGUGUUUUAUGCGAAAUAAAUGCCCCCAAAAUUACCCAAUUUCACUCGUACAAAGGUGGACUACAUUUAAUUUUAUUGGUUAAAUAAAAAACCACAUUACAAUCUCAAAAAUUUCAAGUAAAAUUAACCCUCCUCGUUGGUAAACUCGGCUCCACCGUCAGCAACAUCUCUAUAUUGCAAAAAUCAUAUGUAAUUAUGCCAACCAUUAAAUUAAAUAUAAUAAGGUUGAAUUUA